ACACAAAUAAUACAUGUCAGUUGUUCAAAUACCGGAACAGUUCGUACCAUGUGUGUAAUAAGUACAGUUCAAUUAAAUCGUUUUUAAUCGUUGCAGUAACACGCAAUCACGUUAUAGUAAGUAGUAACUUUAUAGUUUUUUAUUUAAGGCCAACAGGUGAUUCCGUUGACAACGGAAAAUUUUGACCGUAAGCGAUCUAAUGUGCAGGAAACGAUUAGUGAUUUCGGGCAAUUUACAAGAUAUUAGAAGACAGUCAAGUCACACAACAGCAUUGGUUUUGAAAGAAGAACAGACAAACAUACGUUAUAGUUUGUUCUAAACAACGCAGAAAGAUUCUCGCUAGACAGCUGUUGAUAUCAUUUAUAUUACAAUAGCCAUAAUAUGUACGGAGACGCAGGUCUGAAUAUAUUCUAGCCAUCUCUGAUACGAUUCAUUCAUUAUUUUUUGUGGAACACAUUGGUAGAGAGAGGUGAACUGCAAACAUUGCAAAGAAACGUGGCACAAAAAUCUUUUAAGGCAAACUGUAGAUGAGCGAAACGAAAGGACGUACUUUGCUGACGUACACGUGGAUUUGAUUGGACGUACGUUUGCUAAUUACAGAAAUAUAAACGCGGCGAAAUGCAUUCAAAGUAGAAAAUGGGAGCCGGUAUUGAGAUAAAACGAGGACAACGAGUAUGUGUGUAAGAGGAAUAUAAAAUAACGAGAAGCGUUAAAAUAUUGAUGAUAAUAUUGUUUCGACACUGUCAUUCUAUAUGGUAAAAUUUCUUAUUUGAAAAGUUAAGCCGUUACAAGAGUGAAAGUAUUAUAACAAUUGUAAAUCAAGAAAACAUUUUGAAAGAAAGUAUAAGAGGAAAGUGGAUGGUCGAGAACUGCCAUAAAGCAAAAACAAGAAAGAAAUUGAAAAGAUAAGAGGCAAUCCUGUUUAAUAUUAACAGAAGAUGUACCCUAAACACAGAAUAGGAGAUAAACUUCAACAAGAUGAUCACAAAACCCAUUCCAAUGACUUCGUGUUUGCACUGGCUGUUAUCCUUGCUAUCAUAGAAAUACUUGGUAUACUAUUUAACGGUAUCAUUCUAACGGUCUACUUUAAAUACGCAAGACUUCGUACAGCAACGAACAACUUUAUUCUAAAUUUAGCCGUUUGUAAUCUGAUAUUGGCCCUACUACAGCUUCUGUCAUCAACACCAUCGUUUUUUCAAAAGGAAUGGAUAUAUAGUCACGAUUUGUGUAUCACAUACGGUUUCCUUCAUCAAUACCUAAUGACCGUUGUUGUGAUAACCCUUGCCGUCAUAUCUUUUGAUCGUUUCUGCGUCAUCACAAAGCCAGUGCAUAAAUUAAAACUUAUGGUGGUAACCAAGAGACGCGCAUGCGUACUAAUUGUUACCACCCACAUUUAUGCUUUUUUCUUCACCCUUCCUCUGCUGCUGGGUUGGAGUAAGUUAGUACCAGAUAAACAUUAUAACACCGGAUGCUAUAUUCAAAGCUAUGAUGCCAGCACAGGUUCUAUAGCAUAUACAAUCAUAUUGACUUUAUUCACGUGUCUGGCACCAUUGGUCGUCACAGUAUGCUGUUACACAAAAAUAUAUAGAUCAGUGCGAAGGAGUUCCAGACGUUGCUCAAUGCAUACUAGGACACAGAUAUUUUCACACAAAGAGUCAAGAAUGCGGCAGAAAUCUUUAUAUCAUACUCGUACAGCUCGUAUGAUUCUUGUAGUUAUGUUCUUUUUCCUGUUGACAUGGGCACCGACCCGAAUUGCAGGAUUAUUAAUCACGUUUGGUUAUCACGUGUCUCCGUUGGCCGUUUACGUUUGCCUGUUUAUGGCAAAGUCUUCCGUAAUUUAUAACGCUGUCGUGUAUGUGUUUAUCAAUCAUCGUUUCCGUGCCGCGUUUCUUCACAUGACUUUCAUGUGCCGUAAUGAUAGUCGUUUACGGUUCACCACGGACGCGACAAACGCGAGCAUGCGCAAUAUUGGUGAUGUUUUACAAUCCAUAGUCAGUGAGCAAGGCGUUUCGCGGAAUUCUUCAAUGAAAGCAGUCUCACAAUUACAUUUCACAACUGAAGCUGCAGAAAUUUCUCAAAAUUCCUCAAGCACUGAAAGGAAUAGUGGAAAGGAAUCGAAGAAAGUUCAACAAGCACGACAGUUCUUGGAAAUUUGUUGUACAUCAAUAGAAAUGGUUCAAAAUCAGUCGAAAAUAUCUCUUGAACUGAAAGAAAUGAGUGCAAGAAUGUCAAAAUCUCCUCACAAACCCAUGUCCAACAAUAAUUAUAAAUCAGAUAUUUCUAUGAACCAAUUGAAUAUAUCUGGAGAGAAUUUUGUUUGUGACAUGAGGGAAGAAUUCCUGGAAGAUACAGGAAAAAUCAACUAUGGAAUGUCUGUUGAUGAGAAGGAUUUAAGAGAAGUUAAAGAAGAAAUCCUUGAUACAACACAGGAUAGAGUUAUUUUUCACAAAACGAUAUAUGCAAGGCUGCACCAAGAAAACAAUGAUGACCAAAUCAAAAUUUAUGAAACAUCCAAAACCAUAGACAAUUUUCCAAAUGAAACAAUUGACUAUGAAUCCAACAAAGUUACAAAAGCCAUGAUUAGUUCAUCUAUGCAUUGUGAGUUUAACAAUUCCUUUUUAUACAAAAAUGAAGUUUUCAAUGAAUCGAGAAGCGACAAAGACUUUAAAAAACAUGUAGUUCAUGAUAUUCAGCAAUUAGGUAAAGUAAGUUAACAUCUUUAGUAAAUUGAUGCAAAUAGAUAUGUAGAAUUUCAAAGCUUCAUUAGCAGAGUCAAUGACUCACUCUUUUUACAACUAUCUUGACGCAAUUAAUCCUUUUUUCCCAUUAUUUUAAUUGAAUAAAUUUAGUAAAAAACUGA